GUGAGGGACUCCAGCUCCUCACUGAGUCUCUCACGGUUGUUCAUUCAAACACUGGGCAAGAGGCUGAAGCUAAGUUUCACUUCAAAUUUUUUGGGGAAAGAUGGUCUCUGGUCUUAAAUUUGUGCGUUUUUUUGGUGGUUUUGUGUGUGGAGUGACUGUUAGCACUGGCGCUUGUGUAGCAGCAGUUAAACUCUAUCUUCAACCUGAAGAAUCCACACAGGAGAAAGAGAGUGCAGCACAGAGCCUCAUUAAGCUCUAUGGACUCCCUCUGGAUGGCACUGAGACCAGAUACUACACCAACCACAUCUUGUCGUAUGAUCAGAGCCGAAGGAUACCAAGAUGGGUUGCUGAACACCUGUCUGAUGAAAAACUACUUGGAAAAGCAGACAGAAAGCAUUGCAAAUUCAAGCCAGACCCCAGUGUCCCAGAGCUGUUCACAGCACACAAUGAAGACUACCUCGGCAGCGGCUGGUCUCGAGGACACAUGGCACCAGCUGGCGACAAUAAAUUUUCAGAGCAAUCAAUGGCCGAGACGUUCUAUCUGUCCAAUAUCAUCCCACAGAAUUAUGAAAACAAUGCCGGUUUCUGGAACAGGUUGGAGAUGUACUGCAGAGAGCUGACAGAGAGGUUCAGAGACGUGUGGGUAAUUUCAGGCCCGCUGACUCUUCCACAAGUAGGAGAGGAUAAAAAGAAAACCGUCUCUUAUCAGCUGAUUGGAAAAGACGACGUGGCCGUACCCACUCACCUUUACAAAGUGAUCCUGGUGAGGAGAGAUCAUUCAUCUGACGUGCUGGCUCUCGGGGCCUUUGUAGUGCCGAAUGUUCCUAUCAGUUUCAAGCAUCAGCUAAAGGAGUACCAGGUGAGUCUGACAGAGCUGGAGAGAAUGUCAGGUCUGACCUUCUUCCCUAAACUGGACAAGAGCUGCAGUGUGAAGAACCUUUGCCUGCUGGACUCCUGUGAGCUCAUGGACUUUGAGCGUUUCACAUUGUACAUCACUGGCCGUAAGGUGAAGGGUGUCAAGUCCUUGGCGAAGCUGGAGAAGAUCAUGGCAGAGCUCAAGGAAGCCGGUAUCUCUCCAGAUGAAUACUUGAAUAAAAUGUACUUUGAGAGGAAACAAGAACUCUUACAAAAGGAAAGUCCAUAGGUCCGUGAGGAUAACAUUUUGAACUGCGUGGUCCACAAUCGGAGCAGUUUUGGUACGUUGUUUACAGACACUGAGAUUUUCGGCACUUCUUUUAACCAUGUUUUAAAAGUUUAACAUUUAAAGAUGAUACUGACAAACCGAAGUAUUGAUACUUUGAACCAUGUUGUCAAGGAAUGAGAUGAAUAUGUAAAUAUAUUUGAAAAUAAUUCACUUGGCAUCUCAAUUGUUAAUUUAUGUUUUGACUUCAGACUUUUAUUUUCUUCUGGUGUUUUAUGGUGAUCAGUUGUUUUGUCUGGCAUUACAUUUGUUAAACUACUUAAUAGAAAUAUGUUGGUUUUCUUUUUCGAGGUUUUUAUUGUAUGUUGGCAGCUUUUGGCGUUUUCAUACUGCAGAGGAAAUGCAGAAGUAGGUCAGCUGAUAAGGUUCUGUGCGAGUGACUGAAAGCAGAACCUGCCCUCCAACCUCCCACUCCUCCUUUUAACAAAGGUGCCCAGUUUAUCUGUCAUCAACAAAACAAUAAAUAAAUGACAAGUUC